AUGCUGCCCAUGGAAAUUCAGUUCGUGCACGGAUCACCCAUCACGUCCUCGUCGUGGACGCCGUCAAACUCCUUCCUCAAGUUCUGCCACCACGCAUGGAAGAUCUAUCUAGCCCCUGCUUUGAGGUCGGUGCAUCUGAUGCCAAAGCCGAAAUCGAGUGGCGAGAACUCCGCAGGAUCCAUCGUCUCUGUUCUCAUCCAGGAGGCGAUGGAGUCCGAAGCAGAAACACACGGCAAUACAGGAGAUGGUGCACAGUUCGGAGAGCUUUUGGCGAAGUACGACAUGGCCUCCUUCGACCCACAAAAGUUGCUCGAUUCCGCCGGCCUGCGCGGGGUGCUGCUCUACAACCAGACCUCAAAAGAAGUUGAAGCGUGCAGGAACGUGAAGUGGCUUCUGGCUUCCGACGUGGUGUCCGUGCCUCCGACGGUCCUUGAAGCCUUCCGAGGUUCCAUCGCUGGCUCCACAAAGUCCCCGAGAGAGCACAUAGGUCACAGUCUCAGUGGGGAGGAUCUUGAGGCGUUGGUACUCGCCCCAGAGGCGAGUUCGCUCUUCGUGGGAUGGACAAGAUUAGAGCUCUACCACAGGGCCGGGGCCUAUGAAACGGCAGCGAUGCUUUUUACCUUGGCCUUCGUGUUCCUGGCCGUCUGCAUGCACCUCCUCCGGACUGACCCGACUCCAACGCCUCCUGUGCUGCUCUUGACCCGACAGUCUUUCACGGGCAUCGCACUUCGAUGUGUUAUGUGGCUCUUCGUCGUCGUGUACUUCAUCGGCAUCAUCUGGGUCCCCCUCAAAGCGAUGGGGAGGGCGAGUGUCUCCACUGGCCUGCCGUGGGAAGCUCACCUGACCUUCUUUAGUUUCAUGAUGGCUUCCCGGCUUCUGGAGCUCUUUGUCCAUGCGCUCUGUGGCUUCUCGAAGGAAGUCACCAGCUUGCCGACCAUUCUCAUGAGGGUCUUUUUGGGCACGCUCGCGGGUGCCGACGUGUACACGGACGUGAACUUCAUCAUGAUCGCCUACAUCAGCGGCUGGCCGCUGUGGAUUCUCGCUGCCAUGGUCUUCGUCAUAGGAGUGCUGAUCUUUCAGUUUGCCCUUUACUUUGGUGCAGCCAUAUACUAUCUGUUCAUGAUCUCAAAGACGGAGAAGAAGGACCAGAAGGACACGGAUUGGCAAAACUACGUUUCAGCCUUGCUGAAGCUGCUGCACUUCGAGUCUUUGAUUGUGGACAUCGAUGAGGUCAAGCUGGACGGCCAGGCGGAGGAGGUGGAGGAGGAGGAGGAGGCUGAGGAGCCUGAGACUACUCGUCUCGAACGGCAUGGCACCUAUCAGCUCUUGGAAGAACAUGAUGACACAACGGACUUUCUCAGCAGAUUCGACGACUUUCGUCGGAGCAUUUCUGAGUGCUUGCAUGUGAGGGUGGUCGAUUCUGGGUCGCUGCUUGUCGAUGGCUUGUACAUCGCAACGCCUAGCUGGACAAACGAAAACCCAGAGUGGAAGCACAUCAGCAGCGAGAUGGUGAUUUCGACCAGGUUCUCCGAAAAUGGGAAAUGGCAGCUGGGAAGGCCUGCAGAUGACGAAGUGAUCUUUGAGAUGCAGAGGUCCUUGCCUGUUAUACCAGAGGGAGUGUUCGCACCCAAGAAGGGUGGGGCACAGCGCCCCUAUGCAUACCUGGAGUUUAUCGACAUUUUGAAGCUAGAGGCUGCUCUGUUGUCAGCAUCUUCCAUGCGACAAAGGAAGAUCAAGUCCUAUCUAAGUCAUAGUUUGAGGCUCUCUGCCCGCAGCUGGACAACCUUGGAAACAAAGCAUCCAUAUUCGUUAGAAGACGCCGGAAAGAAUACAGUCGAAAUUCCUGGUGCACAGAGACUCUUUGUCGUGCUUUCGAAGAAAUCUUGUUGCUAUGACAGUGCCACGAAACUCUACGUCCAAGCAGCCCGCGAUUCCGAUAGUGACGAUGCUCCGAGGUCUUGUAUGAUGUCAGGCAAGAGCUUCGAGAAGCAUUUCGUUUUUGUUGAUGGGAGUUCUGUCACCUUCCACUUCGAAACGGACGACGAUGGCACAGAUCCCGAGCGAAAGUUCGGUUACCGUGCUUUCAUAGCUGCCGUGAAUGAUGAGUUCGAGAGCAGUGAUAUCGAACCGCUGUUGAAAGUGCUUCCAGAGCUAGAUGCAUGUGCAGACACGGCUGGCAGGAGGGCACAGGAAGGAACAACGGUUGACCACAUUCUGCAGGAGUGCAGGAAAUCUUCCAAGCUGGAGAAGAUGAGGCCAUUUCUCCUGGAAAUUCCUGGCUGGGUAAACAUGUUUGAUCCUUCUGCUGCACGUCGUCUCGUGCGACUUGUUGCAACCAUGUUGGGCGCAAGCCAGAAGGCAGCACACAGCCUCAAUGCUACCUCUGGAGCCAAUUCUUUUGCUCACACGCGUCGGAUUGUCACUUUGGCAACGACCUCGCUGCGGUUCUUCUGUGAAGAUGCAUUGCAGGCAAUCCUUCAAUUGAUGUACCUUGUUGAGAAGCGCUAUAAUAGAAUGGUUAUGCUGUCCAUUGUCCUCUCUUGCAGCGUUUCCUUUGGCAACUUUCUAAUGGCUUUGCCUCGAAGCUACAUCCAUGCUGCCUUCAGGCGAGCCUGUCGUGCUCAUUAUGUGAACGACACCAUUACAGUUUCUGGAGCCUUUGAAACGGACGCCAAUGGAAUCUAUGAGCAAGAAGGUGAUUAUGGCAUUUACAGACAUCGCGAAAAGUCUUAUGCCAUUUGCGGCCACUUUAAAUUCGAUCCUGAGAAGCCAGCCUGCUUGGGCUGGGGUUUGCAUAGGAUUUCGGACAAAGGAGAUAUCGAUGAGUCUCAGGCGCUGUACAAAGUGAACAACUGGAACGGCUGUGACGAAGCUUGCUUGGAGGCUUUGGUCCCUGUGUUCGGUUGGGUACGGACCGAAGGAGAUUCACCGGAAAGUUUUGAGCUCGGUGUCGUCCGCAAAGCUUUCCCGCUUCAAUGUGACACGCUCAAGGUGUCAGGAUGUUUGGACCAUCCCGAUGCAGACGGUGUUUAUGCAAGUUGUGGCUUCGGUAUGUAUAAGCACACCACGCACCACAGAUACUACAUCAGGCGUGUUGCAUUGCCCCCGCAUGAUUGGACAUCGCAGUGGGAGCUUUUGAGGAAUGAGAACGGUUCCACUUGGACAAGGCUUUUUGUUAACGAGAAAACUUUCAGCAUGCGCCACGGUGUGGAGGCCCCGUGGUGGAGUGCCAGUGCUGCAGAGCAAGAGAGUUCAAAAGCGACCCUGGUGGUGGAGCAUAAAGACUCGCCCUUUGCGGAAGAGCUGUGUGUGUAUGGUGCUGGAAGGGAUCUGUGCAAUGGGAAGUUCUUUCAUUCCCCGUUUGCGCAGCUUGAAUCACAGGAGGAUGAUGGGUCGACGAAAACUGUGCGAUUAUAUUUUCAUGCAGAUCAUGAAGUGGUUCUGACCGACAUUUAUGGAGACGGCCAGCGCAUGUGUGCGAUAUUAGAGGAAGGUAAGGACGAUCCUCCUUACAUUAGUCUCGGAAGUCCAUCCGAGAGUCCUUUGCUUGUGCAGGAUCCCCAAGACAUGCCGGCGCCGAGAGUGGUGCAAGUGAGCUGGUAA